GGAGGGGGCGGGGUGCGGGCCGGCGGCGGCAGCAGCAUCAAAGAGCCCCGAUUCCUGCCGCCCUGGGAGCCAUGCGCCGCUGUCUGUAAUGUCAGCGGAACAGGAGAAGGACCCCAUCGCGCUGAAGAGAUCCCGAGGUGGUGACGGUGGAUUGGAUGGGUUAGGAGGACCUGGAGUACAGCUUGGAAGCCCUGAUAAGAAAAAGCGCAAAGCAAAUACACAGGGAUCUUCAUUUCCUCCUCCAUCUGAAUAUGCCCCACCGCCGAAUCCAAGCUCUGACCACCUUGUAGCUGCAAAUCCAUUUGAUGACAACUAUAAUACCGUGUCUUAUAAACCACUUCCUUCAGGAAAUCCUUAUUUUAGUAAUCCUGGUUAUCCUGGCUUUGGAGGCUAUAACACUUUCAGAAUGCCACCUCACGUGCUGCACAGAGUGUCCACACCAUAUGGUGGUUCCUAUUCCCUCAGAAACCAACCACACCCUCUUCCUCAAAACCCUGUAGGAAUGGGUUUUAGUCGACCCCACUCUUUCAGCUUUGGUCCACAUGAUAACUCUGGUUUUGGGAAUCAGCCACCUUAUAGUGGCAGUCAGAUAAAUCAGAAUGUCAGUAUGCCUGGUCAACAUUUCAGACCAAAUCCUGGUGAGAACUUUGGCCAUUCUGGACAGAUACCACAUCCUGAUGUGCCGCCUAACUUUGGUCCUGGAAACAAUUCAAAUUUCCCAAAUUCUCAGCUGGAGUCAAGCCACUCUUUUGUUCCUCCACCGAGCACUUACAACCAGACAAAAUCAUCAGCACAAAAACAAGACUUUAGUCAAGGUGCCAGCAAAGCAUCCAGCCAGAACACUGUUGCUCUUCAGCAUCAUCACAGGACAGAGGAUGUUGUGAAUCAAGGUAACAAUGACCUAAAAAAUGCUACUCGAAACAAUGUGGUAAAUCAGGAUACUACCCAUUCUAAUAGUGCUGAUAACGUUAAUACUGGCCAUUCAAAUGGGACUCAAAGUAAGUCCCGCCAGCCUCGAGGUACGGCUGAAGGAUGCAACUCUGAAAAGAGCAGCAAAACACCCCUUCAUCCCAGCCGGCAUGGUCACUCGUCCUCUGAACCCGUCUAUCCAUGUGGAAUUUGUACACACGAAGUUAAUGAUGACCAGGAUGCCAUCCUGUGUGAAGCCUCUUGUCAAAAAUGGUUUCAUCGAAUCUGUACUGGCAUGACUGAGUCAGCCUAUGGCCUUCUUACAGCAGAAGCAUCAGCAGUGUGGGGUUGUGAUACAUGUAUGGCUGACAAAGACAUCCAGCUAAUGCGUACGAGAGAGACUGCAGGGCCACCGGCACUGAAUACGGAUGGCUAACAGCGUGAAUUGGUGGUAGUGGCUGAGCUACUUACUAUGAAGAUUUGGGUGUGAAUCAAGUACUUUGUGUUCUGAAGACAAUCAAUUGUGUUUGAUUGCUGUCAUGUUAUUUUCCCCUAUCGGUUUUAAUUCAUGAAGUUCCAUCGCAACUUUUGUGUUCUUAACUUUGUGUGCAAAUGUUUUACAGGGUGGAAUAUUUUUUUUUUGUUGUUUCUGAUCAGAAGUAGGAUGUGCAUUGACAAUUUUAUUGAAGGCAAAAAUAGUCCUUUAAGAAUAGUCCCUAAUUUGCUAGUAUUGUGUUAACUAACACUAGCAUUUACUAUUCAGUUUUAAUGGUACUGUACUUGCAAGCACUCAUUGCUUUUUUUUCUUUCUUGUUGAAUGUCCAUUAGUGAUGCUCUUGCCAUCUUUUUCUUUGAAUAUCAUGGAGAUGACAUGGAGGAGUUGUGCAGUACUAAUAGUUUGUAUUUUUUUAGAAUAAAUAAGAGGAUUUUAUAUGUGCUUUUUCUGAUUUUUAACUAAAGCAUUAACACAAUUCUAAAAUCAGUUAUUUCAUUCUUAGUAAUGCAAUGAAACCCGUUAAAUCUUAUACCUUGGUACUUCCUUGAAAAGGCAAGGAUCUUUUGACUUUUCAGCAAACAAUUGCUGAGGACUCUUACUAGGUCUUGCAGUAUAGGAAAUGGUUACAAAAUACACUUACGUUGGAAGAAGCUAGGACAGAUCAAGUUGAAGAAGUCUAGUGCUUUAAAAUCUAGAGAAUACCAAAACUAAGGUUACAUGUGUAACCUUUCUUUAUCCAUCUUAAGCACGUAUGUUAGGAUACAGCCCCUGUGCAGUCACUUAUCUCUUGCUCAUCCUCUCCUAGCUUCCACCCUCAACUGUGAAUGAAUUUAAGUAAAGUUCUGCCCAUCUCUUAGAGCUUCCAGUUGGAGCCUGCGCGUUCAUCCUGAGCUUACGCUGUCCGCUUGGCGAGAAGAAAGGUGUGAGGUGAUGGAGUAUGUAUAGCACAGGCUCUAAACUGCAAGAUAAUUUGGCCAGCGAAGUAGUAACGCUGAAUUCCCACCACUGCCUCAGCCAGUCUUGCAGUUUGAGGGGGAAGAAAAUCUAGAGUGAAGACAAAGACGACUCUCAGAUCUGUGAGUGUAGCUCACACCAGGAGUCAGCAAGCAGAAAUUGAGCGAACUUGAGAUCUUAUGGUCAAGAAUGAAGGGCACUGGAACUUAGUGUAUGAUUCUAAGAAUUAAUCUUUUAUUAUAGGCAGUUUGACUUUAUUCUUGUUCUCAAGAAUACACCUUCCCCAUUCUCCCUUUUUAUUUUUAUUUUUUUUUGUGGGGGAGCAUCUAGCCUUGAUCACUUUGGCCUUAGCAGUGCUGAAGUUGCACAUGCAAUUGAAAAUCAGUGUUUCUGUAGAGAAAAAUGUUGUUUUAACUUAAUAAAAGAUAGUACUGUAGCAAUGGGUGGCUUGCUCACCAUGUUCUGGAGGCAUAAUUACUGAUUGCUAAAAAGCUAAAUGGUAUGUCAAACAUUUCAGGUACUGGUCAGGUUCCUUAGUAUGAUAGGAGAUGCUCAGCUCUGCGGCAAUGAGUGAUACAGAGGCCUAUAUAGAAUACAGGCAUAUAUAUUAAAAGGUUAUUUUUAUGGUAAGCUUUGUUAAUGAGUGAAAAGUAAGGCCUAUCUGCGAGUUCACUGUUGUGUUUGAUUUUAAAUUAGCUCUAAUGUUGUACUGUCCUGAGAGAUACUCUGCAGAUGUACAUAACUGUCUUUCUUUUAUUUUAAUACUGAAAAAUUUUAUAUACCCUUUUAUUGGAGAAGUAUAGUAUUCCCCUUCCCUUUUAUAGCGCCUCUCAUCAGGAAAAAGAAGGCAAUAUCUCAAGUGUAAAUUACAUAGUUCUUAUCUUAAGGACUUCCUUUAUCAAGCUGUAAAGAAAGUGUAAGGCAGAUCCAGGGCUUCUGUUUUCAGUGCUACUUGCUUUAUUUUUGACAGAGACGUGUUUUGUUAGGGGUGUGAUGUUUAAAAAAUGAACUGCAGACCAACACAAAAACUAAAAAAGCUGAACAAGCAAAUCUUGCUGAUACAGAUUUGUUCCAUUUCUAUGGGAAUUUACAUUGUGAAGUUUGUAGUGCAGCCUUAGAGCAAUGGACGUGACAUCAAAAUUUUGCUCAGUGACUGAAAGUUGAACAGAAGCUCCUUUGGUUGUAUUGUUAUCCAAGCUGGUAGUUCAAAAUAACCUUUUCACACCCCAUUGGAGCACACACUAUUUAAAAUUGCUGUGUAUUUCUUGAAAUCUCUUGUCUCAAUCCUAUUUCAAGUUAGGUGUUUUCUCUGUUAGUCACCAAGAUAUUAGAAUUUAAAUACAGUCUUCUUAUGAACUUCUUCUGGAAUAUAACGUUGAAAGGCCUUAAAUAAUAUACUUUUGAAACUUAGUCGAAAAAAUCAUUUCUCUUAUUUUCUAAACUGGGUACCAUGUUGGGUUUGUGUCCCACUGAAUUUACUGUGUGUAUUAACCUGCAAAUCCAAAGCAUUAGCAAAUGCCAGUUUAAAAACAUUAAAUAACAAACAACAAAAUCAAACUUGUUAUCAUUCUGAUCAUACAGAUAGGACAGAUUAGGAUCUCAAAAACUCUUCUGGCCUAUAUGUUUAACCUACUGUUAUGCUCUUGGCAUCCUUGGACUUUCUGCCUAGAGACAGGAUUAUACUUUGUUUUUCUCUGCAUGUAUUGACUAGUAGUAGUUCAAGUAUGCACAGGAAAAACAGCAAUUGUGUUUUAUUAGUAAGGAACUAGAAAAAUGUCAGCUGGUUAGAGUUAGAAAUUAGUUAUAGAAGGGUGGGAGGGAGGGAGGGCUGGUUAGAAUAGGUGAAGUUUUUUGUAAUACUCUACAUGAAACAGUUUGUAUUGAGCUAUCAUGUGAUUCUUUUGUUAUUAGUGAUUUAGACUGUAUUGAUGUUGCAUACCAAAAUAUUACAAAGAUUCUGUAGAUCUAACAAACCUUUAUGUUUUUGUGGGAAAUGCUUGCGUCCUUUUUAAAUGGAAUCAUAGAACCAUCAUGGAAUGGCUUAGGUUGGAGAGGACUUUAAAGAUCAUUUAGUUCCAACCUGCCAUGGGCAGGGUUGCCCUCACCAGAUCAGGCUGCACAGUGCUCCAUCCAACCUGGCCUUGAAUGUAUCUAGAGGUGGAACGUUCCCAACUCCUUUGGGCAGCCCAUUCCAGGACCUCACCUUUCUGAGGAAAGAAUUUCCUCUUAACAUCUAACCUAAAUCUUGUCUCUUUUAGUUCAAAGCCAUUCCCCCUUGUUCUGUCACUAUUAGACCAUGUAAAAAGUCACGCCCCAAUGAGAUCUACCUAGAGCCUUCCUCCAAGCUCCAAUUCCCUCAGCCUUUCUGCAUAGGAGCAGCAUUCAGGCCCGAUCAUCAUUGUGCCCUGCCUCUGGAUCCUGCUCCGCAUCCCUCCUGUGCUUGGGGCCCUGGGUCUGGGUGCUAAUCCGGGUGCAGCCUCAUGAGAGCAAAGCCAUGGGGAACAAUCUCCUUCCCCCAGUUGGCCGCUCCUCUUUGAUGCAGCCCAGGCUUUCUUUCUUGUCGUGCUCAGAAAUGCAGCUCACACUGCUGAAAAUGUUUUUUCUUUCCCUAGACUGAAAUAAAUAGGUGUGAAUUGGAUUGGUACUUAGUUUUGGCCAGAGACCAGUUUUAAAUGAGAAAAUGCACAAUUUUCUUUUUGAAAUGCUUUAUUGGUGUCAGGGUCAGUGACAGUGCUGCGUAUAGGCUGGGGAGUAGGUAACACAAAUCCUGCUUCUGGCUGGUUUAUCGAUCGCUUCUACAGCGUGUAACAAGCAGGUUGGCUGCACCUCAAUCUCUUCUUUCAGAAGGGUGAACUAAUGAUUAUUUCCUCCGUGUGUUCAGGGGCCUAGUUAUUAUUUGAGAUCUUGAGAUGAAAGACACAAAAGAAAAGCAAUAAAGUUUUUUUUUUUUUUUCUUUUUUUCCCCUCUGUUUAAAACAAAAAAUAUAAUUCUGGGGGCUGCUCAAGCAUGAAUUUACUUUAUGACCUGAAUUUUUUGGGGGGUCUUAUAACCAAUUCUUAAGGUACAGUUUUCAGGCUUAACUUCCAGUGUGCAGUGAAGUCAAUGGAACUGCAAGCAUGAAGUUGGGAACGCUUCAAAGUGCUUGCAGUUCUCAGCCCAUGAUGUUUAUAAGUGAAAUGCUUUCUAUGGUUUGGGAGGUUUUACAGAAUCAAAGGUAUUAAAUGUAGCACCUCCUUAACAUUUGCCUUGAUUCAUACAAUAAUACAUCUGCAUUAAAUAUAGUCCUCCCAUUAUAUAUAAACAUUGCCUGCCAGUAAAACUAUUGAUGUAACAUUUUCAGAAGAGGAAGCUAUGCUUCUUAUCAUGUUGUAUGUGACUUAAAUGACUGUUUCAUAUUAAAACUAAUCUUUCCUUAUGUACUGCUUAAAUAUACCUGUUUUGGGAAUAUCGGUUCAGUACUUUUAUACAAUUCUGAAUGUGUUCCACAUUGGUGACAUGUAUUUUUGCAACACUUUUUUGUUUGUUUCAAUUUUAAAUUAGAGCAUGUCUGAAGUAAUACAUGCAUUAGUGCUGUGGCGUGUGGCAAAGUUAAUGUAUGUAAUUCAAAUUGGAAAAAAGUUUCCAGACUAUGUCCAACAUUAACCCUGUGGCUGGGGAUUAAAUUACUAUGUAAUACAAAUUAUUUCAUAUCAUGAUGUGUUUGAAGCUACUCUGUGAAGUAUGUGAAACAUAAUUGUUUUUGGAUUGGUAGCUGGCCUGGUGUCUUGCAUUGAAUGAGGUAUGAUAGAUGGUGGCAAUUAGUGAUAAUUAAAACUGACUACAUUUCAGAACAUAAUGUCAGGUUUAUGUACAUUGUCAUCCUGUUAAAAUGAAGUCCAUAGUAUUAUCCAAUGACAAAUGGAUGAACAUUUGGUAGUGAGCUCAUGGGUGUGAAAAUCCUGUUCCAACACUCUUUACUUGGUUUAUAAACCAUGUGGUUUUAAUAUAUUUUUUAAUCUAAUGGAUAUGAUUAGAUACAUGCAGGAAGAUGUAGAACUGGAUGUGCUCUAUCCUGCAAUUACUGCAUUUUGUCUGAAGCUUUCUGUAUUAGAAUAGACUCUUCCUUAAAAUUGGAAAAUAAAGCGUACUUAGCAGAACCUUUAAGGCAAUAUAACAGUCCUACACUUCAUCUUUUGUGAUGCACCUUCACUUUUUGGAUGGAAUGCCUCCAAUUCCUUGUUGCUUUACAUAGAUAUCAAGAGCUUUCUUCAGUGCUUUAGCAUUGUGUAUCAUCACUUCUGAGGUAAUUAAUGCUGAAUCAUGUUCAGACCCUUUCUAGCUUAAAGUACUCAGUGUCUCAGUUACCUGUUUCAGACAUGGCUUAUGAUCACAGGAAACACCCAUGUUUAUGUUGCUUACUGUACAUGAUGAAUUUUUCCUAUUCAUGUUCAAACAACUGUCAGCCUCAGAAUAAUUCUGAUCCAGCCCCACCUUGUUCCUCACAGCUUUGUGCACUGUCUUUCAGGAAUUGCUGUUCUGGAGACAGUUCAGGGCUGGAGUCAUAAGGGUUGUUGCCUUUCUAGAGACUUCUAUCAUCUGAACUCCCACAUAACUUAAGGAGGGCAAGCUUUUAAUAUAUUUGGGGUUUCUUUCUUUCUUUCUUUUUGCCUUUUUUCUUUUUUUUUUCUUUUUUCUUUUUUCUUUUUUUUCCCUGAAAUGUGAAAUAAUAGGUAGCUGCUGCUGAGGAAUUCUUACUUGAAGGACAUUCUCUCCUCCAGGCUUUUAUAUACGGCCCUUAGAGCAGACAUUGUGUUGUUUAGGGGCUUUCUGACUUGGAAUUUUUUUGUGUCUCCCUUCUUUUUAGAGCUAAAGAUGAGUUGAAAAUGGCAAGUUACCAAUCCAUGGCUAUCUGAGCAGUGCAAAACAUGAACUGAUUGUUGACUUCUUUUGCUGUUAAUAAAGAUGUAAUAUUUGCCCCUUUAGAAGAACAUACAUCAGAAUCUGAAUCAAGUGUUCUUGGAAAAUGUAUAUGAUAGAUUUUUGUCCAGCACUGUAUGCAACUUUGUUGCUUUCUGUUGUCUGGUUUAAGUUUCUUUUAAAAUAAAGAAGGUGGGGGUUUGUUUUA